CGACUCUCCAAUAUGCUAGACCCGAAGUCUCUCAUGAAGGAUCUGGAGAGCGAACUCUUCAACUACACCACCGGGCGUUUCCUUGCCAACAACGCCCUUCGCCUCCGAGAACGCAGGCGCGUCUUUGACAUCCCCGGACUGUUUAAAAUUAUCACUAAGGCACUGCCCUGCAAGACUGAAGAGAUCGUCGACUUUAGAAAGCUUGGAGAGGGUGGCCUCAACUGUACCUUUCUCAUCACCUUAGACACCGGCUUCCAGCUCGUCGCUCGCAUCCCGUAUCCCAUCCUAAUUCCCAAGGCGUACACUCUCGCCAGUGAAGUCGCUACCAUGGACUUCCUUCGUUUCAAAGGGCUCCCCAUUCCCAAGGUCUACGCGUAUUCAUUUACGUCAAAGAACGAGGCCGAGGCGGAAUACAUUCUAAUGGAGUACGCUGAAGGCGUCGACUUGAGCCAGAUAUGGUUCGACCUCAAGGAAGGUGAAGUUAUCUCACUUAUGGACCAGCUUGCAAAGGUUGAGUCUACUAUGAUGUCCAUGUCUUUCCCUGCUGGCGGGAGCAUCUACUAUGCCAGAGACCUGAAGGAGCUUUCUGGGAACGAGGGCAUCCCGCUCGAGGAUGACAGUGAAGGCAUCCCACUCGACGAGCAGAUCGAGAGCAAAUCACUCGAAAAGGAGCGAUUUUGUAUGGGCCCUGAUGUAUCGGUACCGCUGUGGUAUGGACGGAGGGAACAACUGGACGUAUUCCGAGGACCAUAUGAAGACGCCAAAUCGGUGCUCGUCACGGGAGCUAAGAAAGAGCUCGCCUACCUCGACCAGUUUGGCUCACCAAGGGCACCAUAUCAACGCUUCCGAAGGGAGUACUAUAACUACGAGAAGCAGCCACCGUCGGACCACGCUGAUAACCUUCGUCGCUAUCUCUGUCUCGCACCGUCGCUCGUGCCAGACGACGACUCCCUCAACACUUUCUGCAUCCGCCACCCCGACCUCACCGAUAGCAAUAUCAAGAUUUCGAUAGAUUCCAGCGGGUUGCAGAUCCUUAGCGUGUUGGAUUGGCAGCACGCUGCUGUCCUACCCCUCUUCCUCCACGCCGGUAUGCCCGACGUCAUCCAGAAUGAAGAGGAUGAGGUCUCUCGAGGGAUGACCGAGCCUAAGCUACCGGACGACUUCGACAAGCUACCGGAAGAAGAGCAAGAAUGGGAGAUGGAGCUCCUUCGUCGUCGUCUUGUUCACUACCAUUACAACCUGAGCACAGCCGCGUACAACAGGAUCCACCACAAGGGUCUGGUCUAUCCGUUGAAUACCUUCCGUCGCCGCAUCUUCAAUCAUGCAACUGCUGUGUGGGAGGGUGAGACGAUCAAGUUGCUGUAUGCGCUGAUGGAUAUGGUGUUUGGCUGGGCGAGUUUCGCGAAUGACGGCACACCAUGUCCGGUGGUGUUCACAGAGGACGAGAAAGCUGCGGCGGUUCAGCUGUAUGAGGCACUGGGGAACGCAGAAAUGGGUGAGAGGAUGCUGAUGGACGGGGUCGGCUACGGGGAGGAGACCUGGGUGCCCGCCGCUCACUACGAGAAAGCCAAAGCGUUCGGUCAGGAGAUGAAGCAGAUGACAUUGAAGGCAUGUGCGGAGGACGAAGAGACGACGGAGGAGACGUACGCUGUGAUCGAGACGAACUGGCCCUUGGACGAUAUGGACGAAGAGGAGUUAGAAGAGUACAAGUAAGGAAUUACUAUUGCUUCACUCUUUGCGUCGGCCGAUCCUCUGCGACGAGCACAAGAAUAUACGCAAAACUCGACACAGACUAGUCUUCACGCUCCUCCUUGACAAUGAUGAUAGCAAUGGUGAGGGC